CGUCACGCAGCGGCGUCAGUUCAGAGUCGCACAAUUAUGAAAAGGCAACCUUCCGCUGGAGCUGCAGCUAGGGCAGAUUUCACCAGCGACAACUGGACUUUCCUUCCAAGGCUAACAGAAAAGAACACCGCCGAUAGAUGGAUAACGACAUCGGAGAAGCUCUUCCUGAGUCUCAACGGUGAAAAGAAUGUCCCAGAAAUCCUGGAUAGAAAGCACUUUCACCAAGAGGGAAUGUGUCCACAUACUUCCAGUGUCGAAAGACCCCCACAGAUGCCUUCCAGGAUGUCAGAUCUGCCAGCAGUUGGUGAGAUGCUGCUGUGGUCGGCUGGUACGGCAGCAUGCUGGGUUUACAGCCAGCCUGGCCAUGAAGUACUCAGACGUGAACUUGGGUGGGGGGGCAGAGGGUGGGGUGCAGCCGGAGUUGGAGGAGUGGGCUGUGGACAAACACACACAGGAGAGCCCUACAGACGCUUACGGCAUCGUUAACUUCCAGGGAGGGUCGCACUCUUACAGAGCCAAGUAUGUGCGUCUGUCCCAUGACAGCAGGCCAGAGAGCAUCCUGAGGCUGAUGCUGAAUGAGUGGCAGAUGGAGCUUCCUAAGAUCCUCAUCUCUGUCCACGGAGGCAUCCAGAACUUUGACCUGCACCCCCGAAUCAAACAGGUGGUGGGGAAGGGCCUGAUCAAAGCUGCUGUCACCACCGGGGCAUGGAUCCUGACAGGAGGGGUGAACACAGGUGUUGCCAAACAUGUGGGUGAUGCGUUGAAGGAACACUGUUCUAGAUCGUCAAGGAAGAUCUGUACAAUUGGAGUCGCUCCCUGGGGCGUCAUUGAGAACCGCAAUGACCUCAUCGGGAGAGACGUUGUAGCCUCCUACCAGACGUUGCUGAACCCCCUGUCCAAGCUCAACGUGUUGAACAACCUCCACUCCCACUUCCUGCUGGUGGAUGAUGGGACGGUGGGGAAGUACGGCGCUGAGGUCCAACUACGCCGCGAGCUGGAAAAACACAUCAAACUGCAGAGGAUACACGCACGAAUUGGUCAGGGUGUUCCUGUGGUAGCGUUGAUAUUUGAGGGGGGUCCCAACGUAAUUCUGACUGUGUUGGAGUACCUUCAGGAGACUCCCCCUGUUCCUGUGGUGGUCUGUGAGGGGACUGGGCGUGCUGCUGACAUACUGGCCUACGUCCACAAACAGACUGAGGAGGGGGGGGGUCUACCUGACGGUGUGGAGACAGAAAUCAUCGCUACGAUCAAAAAGACAUUCAACUUCAGCCACAGCGAUGCUAUGCACCUCUUCCAGACCCUUAUGGAAUGUAUGAAGAGCAAAGAACUGAUCACUGUGUUUCAUAUCGGCUCUGAGGACCACCAGGAUAUCGAUGUGGCCAUACUGAGGGCAUUACUGAAAGGCACCAAUGAGUCUGCGUUUGACCAGCUGGUUCUGACUCUGGCCUGGGACCGGGUGGACAUCGCCAAGAACCAUGUGUUUGUCUACGGACAGCAGCUACUGGUGGGUUCGUUGGAGCAGGCCAUGCUGGAUGCCUUAGUGAUGGACCGUGUGGAGUUUGUGAAGCUCCUGAUUGAGAAUGGAGUUAGCAUGCACAGGUUCCUCACCAUCACACGGCUGGAGGAGCUAUACAACACGAAACAGUCUCCUACCAAUCCCACGCUCUUCAACCUCGUAAGGGAUGUCAAACAGGGUAAUCUCCCCCCUAACUACAAGAUGACCUUAAUUGACAUUGGCCUGGUGAUAGAGUACCUGAUGGGCGGGACUUACAGGUGCAACUACACCAGGAAACGCUUCAGGAUCAUCUACAACAAUUUCCAUGGCAACAGCAGGAGGUCAGGUCGCCACUCUGCAGGGCCUGGGUCCCACCUGAGGAAGAGCCAAGAGUCGUUCAGUAUCCAGGCCGACAAGAAGGAGAAGACCAGGCACAACCACUUCAUCAAGACUGCACAGCCAUACAAACCCAAGUUGGAGUCGGCGACAGACCAGUCCAAGAAAAAAGCCAAGGAGGAGAUAGUUGACAUGGAUGACCCGGAGACACGCAGGUUCCCGUACCCGUUCAAUGAGCUGCUGAUGUGGGCCGUCCUGAUGAAUAGGCAGAAGAUGUCUCUGUUCUUCUGGCAGCAUGGGGAGGAAAGCAUGGCCAAGGCCCUGGUGGCCUGUAAACUCUGUCGCUCCAUGGGCUAUGAGGCCAAGAAGAGUGACGUGGUCGACGACACCUCCCAGGAACUCAAGGACUACUCCAAUGAAUUUGGCACCCUAGCAGUGGACCUCCUGGAGCAGUCAUUCAGACAGGAUGAAACCAUGGCGAUGAAACUGCUGACCUACGAACUGAAGAACUGGAGUAACAGCACCUGUCUGAAGCUGGCCGUGUCGUCGCGGUUACGACCCUUCGUGGCUCACACCUGUACCCAGCUGCUGCUGUCAGACAUGUGGAUGGGACGACUCAACAUGAGGAAGAACUCCUGGUACAAGGUGAUCCUCAGUAUCCUGGUGCCUCCUGCAAUCCUCCUGUUGGAGUACAAGACAAAGGCAGAGAUGUCCCACAUCCCUCAGAGUCAGGACGCCCAUCAGAUGACCAUGGAGGACAGUGAACACAACUUCCAUAACACCACUGACAACAUACAGAUGGAUGUGUUCCAGGAGGCGAAGGCGGAUGACAACGUGGAGGUGAAGGAUGAGGCGGAGACACAGGUCCGCUCCCGAAGACUUCCUCUAACCAGGAAGUUCUACGCCUUCUACCACGCCCCCAUCGUCAAAUUCUGGUUCAACACGCUGGCGUACCUGGGCUUUCUGAUGCUUUACUCGUUUGUCGUUCUGGUCCGGAUGCCCGAGUUUCCGUCUCCUCAAGAGUGGGUGGUCAUCCUCUACAUAUUUACCUCCGCCAUCGAGAAGAUACGAGAGAUGUUUAUGUCUGAAGCUGGGAAGAUAAGCCAGAAGGUUAAAGUCUGGUUCAGUGACUAUUUUAACCUCUCAGACUUCCUGGCUAUUGUCACCUUCUUUGUGGGCUUUGGAUUGAGGAUCGGAGGAGAGGAUGUGCUUGUCCCAGGCCGGACUGUGUAUUGCUUGAAUAUCAUCUUCUGGUACGUGAGACUCCUAGAUAUUCUGGCAGUCAACCAGCAAGCAGGACCGUAUGUGAUGAUGAUCGGUAAAAUGGUGGCCAAUAUGUUUUAUAUUGUGGUGAUCAUGGCGGUGGUGUUGUUGAGUUAUGGCGUGCCGCGGAAAGCCAUCCUGUACCCAAAUGAGGAGCCCAGUUGGACGCUGCUCAAAGAUGUGGUCUUCCAGCCGUACUGGAUGAUGUACGGGGAAGUGUAUGCGUAUGAAAUUGACGUGUGUGCCAAUAAUUCUGAUACGAAUGUGAAAUCCCUGUGCUCCACUUCAGUGUGGAUCACUCCUUUCCUACAAGCAGUCUACCUCUUUGUCCAAUACAUAUUGAUAGUUAACCUUCUCAUCGCCUUCUUCAAUAAUGUGUACCUCCAAGUGAUGUCAAUCAGUAAUCUGGUAUGGAAGUACCAGAGGUAUCAUUUCGUCAUGGCCUACCAUGAGAAGCCAGUCCUCCCUCCUCCCCUCAUCCUCCUCUCCCACCUCGUCUCUUUCUGCUCCUGCAUCUGUCACAAGAGGAAGAAGGACAGUCACUCUUACGGACCAAAGUUGUUUCUAACGGAGGAGGAUCAGAAGAAGCUCCAUGACUUUGAGGAGCAGUGUGUGGAGACUUACUUCCAUGAGAAAAACGACCAGUUCCACUCAGGGAGCGAUGAGCGCAUCCGCCUCACCUCAGACAGGGUUGAGACCAUGUGUAUCCAGCUGAAGGAGGUCGGUAACAGAGUGAACUUCAUCAAGCGUUCCCUCCACACGCUGGACUCUCAGAUCGGCCACCUUCAGGACCUGUCAGCUCUGACCGUGGACACUCUGAAGACCCUGACCGCCCAGAGGGCCUCUGAAGCCAGCAAGGUCCAUAACCAGAUCACCAGGGAGCUCAGUCUGUCCAAAAACUUUGCCCCCAGCCUGGCCCCCACCCCCCAGGACCCUACCCCCCAAUCCAAGGGGGUCAAACGUAGCGUGGGCGCCUACUUUGGUUCCUCCUUCCCCCAGGUGUCUGGGGUGGUGGUGGGAGGCAACAUGGCUGAUUCUCUGUUUGGGAGUGGGGUGGACCCAAACCCGCCACUGACGCUCAGUCCCCCAGAGAGGAGAGGAGACUGGGCUGGGCUGGGGCACCAAGCUACUACUGCUAUAGAGGCUGGAUCUUCCACGGGUGGCAGUGCCAGUCACAGUGCCUUCUCCCUCUGCCCAGCUCCGGUGCCCCCUACUGUCAGUCCUCCAGAGCUGCGGCUACGCGGCCAUUCCUUCACCCAGUGGCAGCUGACCCGUCCAGUGCAGGUGGGCAUCUCCGACUGCCCCUCCAGCCUGCCCAGCGUGCCCUCUGCUAGGGCUGCUUUCUACGUCAGCUCUACCCCCUCCCAGCCCUCUGUCUCCAGCCACCCAGAACUCAGCCUGGCUGGGCCAGACAAAGACAGAACCUCUGCUUCCACCUCUGCCUUUGCUGUAGAGUUUGGUGCGUUUGUUGGUCAUAAAGACAACCUGCACCUGGACCUGCAGCGCUCCUUCCCCAGAGACAUCUCCUCCAGACAGCUCAGCCCAGCCACGCAGCCCAGGGAACAGGGUCAUCCUGAAGGCCAAGGUAAUAUGAGGACGGUCAACUCAUAUGCUGGCUUCACUGAGUUUGACCGGAGUCCCUCCUUCCUCCAUCCAGACUCCUCUCUCAGUAAGCGAGAGAGGAGCGGCGUGUCAGCAGAAGACAUCCUCAUCCACGAAGACCCCAGAGCUGCACUACUACUGGAGAGGGCUCAGGUCAAGACAGCUCAGGCCAGCAGUCUCAGGGCACCAGGGGAGGACUCGGGUAUAAAUGUUGCAUCAUGUCUCUACAGACACGCCCACCUGGGGAGCAGGAAGGAUUCAAUUGGUUCCCCUUUCAAGCCAAUGGAAAGCUACCAAUACUCAGCUGUGGAGCGUAACAACCUGAUGAGGCUGUCUCAGAGCAUCCCCUUCACCCCAGUGCCCCCUAGAGGUGAGCCAGUAACAGUGUAUCGUCUGGAGGAGAGUUCUCCCAACACCAUCAACAACAGCAUGUCCUCCUGGGCUCACAAAGGUCUCUGUGCCAAGAUCGAGUUCCUCAGUAAGGAGGAGAUGGGAGGGGGGCUGCGACGUGCACUCAAGGUGCUGUGUACGUGGUCAGAGUAUGACAUUCUGAAGCCAGGUCACCUGUAUAUCGUAAAGUCCUUCCUACCAGAGGUGGUCCAGACCUGGCAGAGCAUCUACAAGGAGGACACUGUACUGCUGCUCUGUCUCAGGGAAAUUCAACAGCAGAGAGCUGCUCAGAAACUGACAUUUGCCUUCAACCAAAUGAGGCCCAAGACAAUCCCUUACUCUCCCAGGUUUCUGGAGGUGUUUCUGUUGUACUGUCACUCGGCAGGCCAAUGGUUCGCUAUAGAGGAGUGUAUUACUGGAGAGUUCAGGAAGUUUAACAAUAACAAUGGGGAUGAGAUUGUCCCAACCAACCUUCUGGAGGAGACCAUGUUGGCCUUCAGCCACUGGACAUACGAGUACACCCGGGGAGAGCUGUUAGUGCUGGACCUACAAGGAGUGGGGGAGAUUCUGACUGAUCCGUCUGUCAUAAAGAGUGGAGAGAAGGGGUCAUAUGACAUGAUAUUUGGUCCUGCCAACCUGGGAGACGACGCCAUCAGAAACUUCCGGGCCAAACACCACUGCAACUCUUGCUGCAGGAAACUCAAACUUCCCGAUCUGAAGCGGAACGAGUACACGCCGGACAAACUGAUGCUGCCUCAGGACGAAUCACACGACCCGGGAAGCGGGACCCGCCAUUCAAUGAGGCUCAUGCUCUGAUCCUAUAGGACACAGCCAGAGAGAAGAGGCCGGUGCUGUUAUUCUAUUGGCCAAUGCCAGAGAGGACAAAGGAAAAACUAGUGUGCACACCUCAUGGCUAGAAGGGAUCCAGCUUUUGUCAAAUUAGCAUCAGAUUUGACUUUUGGUAGCAGGUUGGGAGGACUUAAUGCAGCAGGUUAGGUGAAUGAUGUUAAUGUUAGGAAAAGAUUUAGGGUUAGCAAAAAAAAAAAAACUUUUUUUACAUUAAUUUGACAAAAGCUCGAUAAGGUGCGUCUAGCCAUGACCCAUCUCAUCCAAUCAACUGGAAGAGCCAAGCCUGUGUUUCCAUGGAGACCCAUGUAUGCAUGCAGAACUGUGUUACUUUUGUAUCUGUCCAACCAAUGCCAAUCAGCAACCAACAUGAUUAUUCAAAAAAUGUGUAAAUGGGGAACAAAACUUUUUAAAGAUGUUUUUUUUACUACAAGUUUAUAUGUUAUGAGUGUGUGUGUGUGUGUGUGUGUGUGUGUGUAUAAACAUAAAUGGCUAUCAACAGGUACAAUAUCAUUGCAUAAAGAGACAGUACUUAUUCUGAACAAUGAAAAGUUGCCUUGUAUAAACUAAAGUGCAUUGUCUGUCUGUAGUGCAGGACUGUAAGGGUCAACCUGCUGAGAUACAAUUUGCAACACUUUAUACAGAAUGUCACCAGAUACUUUUUUAUAAAUGUAAAAUACAUGUAUUAUUAUGGAAUUAGUGGUUCAUAUUUAAUGAGAAGACACAUGAAUUUGAAAAUCUUGUAAAAUAUGGGCAGAUUGCAAUGCAACUUUUACAGUACAUAUAUGUACUAAUUGUGUUGAACUCUUCUGAAAUGUGUCCACUGAUUAUUUCUGAUAGUUUUUAAGUGUUACAAUGCUGGUACUAUUAUUGUUAUUUCUUUGUCAUCACGCAAAUACCAAUCUAGUGUAUCUUAUAGAUACUUAUAUCUGCUACUGAGCAGAAGCAGAUGCUGUUUUAUUCAGGGGUGUGUAAGGGUCUAUUACUCUAUACAUGUUCUACUGUAUAACAUUUUAAACUAAUAAAAUGACAGUUAUGUCCCAUUCCUUGUACAGUAUGAUGCUGAUACUGUCUGGUGGGGAUGAGGCCCCCACAUUCUUCAGUAAGACUGCAGCUGCUGGCAGACAGACGUCCACAGAGAGAAACAUUCUCUCACACACCUGUUGAUGAGCCUGCUGCUAAAGAACCCAGUAGCCAACAGUUACACAUCAGUUACUCGUCUGUAACCCCACACCUUUACCCUACAGUUAGGUCUGGAUGGGAACUCUGCAUAUUUCAUCCUUUUCACAAACCUCAUCUCCACCUACAUCUUUAGCAGUUUGGGAACAUCGAUCAACAGUGAUGAAACCUUUCUUGGUGAUGUCACAUACAAAGUCCAGUGGAAAGCAACAUUGUGUAAAAUAAGAGUAUGGUAAUGAAACAGCAGGGAGCAGGCCUUGAACCCUCGACCUUCGAGCCCGAGGUCCGGCGCGCUAUCGACUGUGCCGCAAAAGCAUGCUCGUGCGGUAGAGUCGAUUUCCGCGCUUAUAAACCCAGGGUCGUUACAGUAUGGACAGUAAUAUGUCCAUUUUACAUCCACAGAGCUGUCAAAUCCACCAGUGGCUCCUGGCAUUAUACCUGAACUGGACAUUGCCUUGGCUGCACGGAGUUAAGGUCCAACACUGGAGUGUGAGAUGUAAUCUACAUCUCGAUUAGGAUAAAACCCUUAUUUUCAUUGACUGAUUUUUUCAUUUGAGCGUAGUUAUUUCUAUACAGCCUACAUUUUCUCGCUCUGAACUUCUAAAGCGAAUGGGGGCAGGUGUGGCUUCAUGAAGAUGCCAGAGCAGCUGCCUACCGAUUUAACAGCUCCAAACGCAGUUCCACCACCAAGUCAUCCACUAUGCAGGUGUCUGCUGUCGCUGGUUAAUCCUCUGAUUGAAUCUAAGCCGCAGUAGUUAUUAGUGAUAGUAGGCUUCCAUAUAUUUGUUGUUUUUAUGUCUUGUGAAUUUGUAGUUCGCAAAUUUCUGUGAAAAUAGACAAAAUUAUUUUUGAUCUUCGGCCAAUAGAGAGAGCAGAGUACAGUAUAUUGAAAGUCUGUUGGUCGAAUAGCAGAUUCUUUUAACCACUUCCUGUCUAGGCUUGAUAAACCAGUCUUACCAGUUACCUGAAGGGCGUGGUUAUAUUGGGGCCAGUGAAUCUGCCGUUUACUCACCUUGUUCCUAACAACGCUCACCUGCUCUCACUUUGUCUCUUUCCCAUUGCUCUCACACACAAAAACACGUCCCAGAGAGGAGAAACUACCAAGAGAGAAGAAUCAUGUCUGUGGAAGUCCACAUAGAAUAUUGUAGUGGAUGAGGGUACGAGUCUCGCUAUCAGGACCUAGCAUCUGCCAUCAAGCGAAAUGUUCCUGAUGUGACGGUGACGGGAAUCACGGGGCGGCGCUCCAGUUUCGAUGUAACAGUGAAUGGUAAACUGGCCUACUCUAAACUGGGGGCAGGAGGAUUCCCAGACACCAAGGAGGUGGGUGUUACUCCUGUUCUAAACACCAGAUGGUGGCGAUGGUGAAGGAGGUGAGCCGUGGAGGAAAGGUGGAGAAAGUGAAGAAGAAGGAUAACAAGUGUUUUCUCCAAUAGAUGAGUGGUUAUUGAGAGAAUGAGAGUGUUUUUUUAAGAUCCUGGGUCCUGAUCUGAUUCUAUUAAUGAUUGUUCACAAAUGAAACUAGGGAUGUGAACAUGAAGUUUACAGUCAUUUCAACUCUGUGAUCUGAGGGAAAUACUCUCAUUCUGUGUCUCUGUGUUAUACUGUCAUGUCUUGUGUUAUUCCUUGUCUGAUUUUCUUUCCUUAUACAGACCAAGAUAUAACUAGCAUUUAGUUUUACAUUCUAGAAAUAUUGUACUCAAUGUAGACCUCUGCAGUUGUAUAGGCUGUACGUGUAUUUUUAAAUUAUCAAAUAAAUUCUAGGAAUCAA